AUGUAAGGCUCAGAUACUAAAGUAGUAUAAUUAACCAAGAAUAAUUUUGAAUCUUUAGUAUUAUAAUCAGAUGAUUUUUGGCUUGUUGAAUUUUAUGCCCCUUGGUGUGGACACUGUAAAAACUUAGCUCCUGAAUGGGAAAAAGCCGCAAUAGCGUUAAAAGGUUAUGCGAAAAUAGGCGCAGUAGAUAUGACAUAAGAAUAAGAAGUUGGAAGCCCAUAUGAUAUUAAAGGAUUUCCUACAAUAAAGUUUUUUGUAGGAAACAAAUAAAGCCCCUAAGAUUACAAUGGAGGAAGAACAGCAAAAGAUAUAAUAACAUUCUUAUUUAAUGAAUAAAAAAAAGUAGCUUUAAACCGUCUAAAAUCUCCAAAAUAAUAAUAGGCUAAUAAUGAAAGUAAUAAAAAUAACUCUUCUAAUUAAUAAGAUUCAGGAACAUAAACUGAUGGAGAUGUAAUAGUUUUAACAAAUGAUAAUUUCGAAGAAUUAGUAUUGAAAAGUUAAGAAGCUUGGUUUAUCAAAUUUUACGCUCCUUGGUGUGGUCAUUGUAAAAGUUUGUAACCUGAAUGGGAAAACUAGCAACUAAUUUAAAAGGAGAAAAAAUUAAUGUUGCUAAAUUAGAUUCCACUAUAUUAAGUUAAUGGUUAUCCUACUCUUAAAUUCUUCCCUCCAGGAUCUAAAAAUGAUUCUGACAAAAUUAUUGCAUCUAAUAAAAGUAAACCUAUCAAUUAUUUAUGGAGUUAAGCUGGUGACUAUUAUGAUUUUGAAGAAAAAUACGGAGUUUCUAGUAGUGGUUAUCCUGCAGCUAUUGCUAUGUCUCAUAAAAAAAAUGUUUAUACUUUAUUCAAAGGUACUUUCAAUUUGAAAAAUCAUGAAAUGUUUAUGAAAAAACUUAUUUCUGGAAAAAGUGAUUUUAAAUCAUUAAUUGGUAUUCCUAAAUUUACAGAUGUUAGUAAAUGGGAUGGAAAAGAUUCAUAAGAAUAAUAACAAAAUUAAGAAUUAUGAUGAUAAAUUAAAAUUAUAAUUAUAAAUAUACAAAUAGUGUAAUAGUUUUUUUAUUAAAUAUAUAUUAUAUAUUAUUUUUUUGUAUAUUUAUUUAGAUUUUAUUUUAUGUU